UUUUUCAUCAAAACCGCUUAAAGCUACAGUAGCAACCAAGAAAAAUUCUGGUAUAUUAUUUAGCAUUUUGUUAAGCUGCCAAUCUGUUUAUGCUAUCAACGACACAUUAUGGGUAAGAGUCUAGUUUAAACGCUAACUCCGAUUUGACUGUUUCUUUAUUAUUUCUUAUUGCACUGUAAAUCUGUUUUGUGAAGACAUUGACUGUGGUUCAAUAAAAGCAGGACAGGAAGAAGACCCUUCACCUACAGUUUAAACACGCAUGUACAAAAACACACACUCUUCAUCUCACAAGAAAAUCGACCACAGCAGGUUUCAGUUUGAGUCUGAAGAUGAGCUGACAGACAUAUUAACUUUUUCGCAGACUUUUCACUGAACAAUUGAAGAAAAUGUUUCACGUGUUUGCUUUGUUCUGUUUGUGCUGGUGGCGUCUGAUUGGUGUGUUUGGUGAGUCAGUGUCAGUGACGGAGGGAGAUUCUGUUACUUUACACACUGGUGUUACUGAAAUACGUGAGGACGAUGAUUCACUGUGGAAAUUUGGAGCUGAAAAGUCUCAAAUAGCUAAAAUGAAGAAAAAUAAACAAAUCUUCUCCACAUAUGAUGGUCCUGAUGGGAGAUUCAGAGACAGACUGAAGCUGGACAAUCAAACUGGAUCUCUGACCAUCACAAACAUCACAACUCAACACGCUGGAAUAUAUCAACUAGAGAUAGCCGGAGCCAAAAAAUCAUCAAAAACAUUCAGUGUUUCUGUCUAUGCUCGUCUGUCUGUUGCUGUCAUCAGCAUUAACUGUUCAAACAGUUCAUCAUCAUCAUUAUAUUGUUCAUUGUUGUGUUCAGUGGUGAAUGUGGGUCAUGUGACUCUCUCCUGGUACAAAGGAAACAGUUUAUUGUCCAGCAUCAGUGUGUCUGAUCUCAGCAUCAGUCUCUCUCUACCUCUGGAGGUGGAAUAUCAGGAUAAAAACACCUACAGCUGUGUGCUCAACAAUCCCAUCAGAAACCAGACCAGACAUCUGGACAUCAGUCAACUCUGUCACACAUGUUCAGGUCCUCCAGACUCUGUAUCUCUGAUAGUGUUGAUUUCUGCUGCUGCUGCUGCUGGUUUUCUGUUGAUUGUAGCUGCAGUCGGGAUCUUCUGCAUCUGCAGGAAAUUCCAGACACAUGGGGAAGACAGGACUGGUUUGUCAUUAUGUAAAUCAACAUCAAGAAAAAAGAAAUCAAAGGAGGACCAUGUGUAUGGAAAUAUCCUCCCAAAGCGAUGAUCAAAUACCCAAUCUACUGGAAUAAAUGAAUGUUACAGCUCAUGCGGGUCCUGACUCACACCUUAUUUUAUUUAAUUAAAUGUUUCUUCUUUUUUUUUUUCUUUUGCACAUCCACUCUCAUUGUUAUACCUUGAAAUGUUGCUGCUAUAUGUAGUCUAUUAGUUUAAUUUAGUGGCCCACACAUAUCAUAUAGCAUUCAGAAACUCAAUUAAAUGUUCUAUUUGCUAGCUUUACAAGCCUUCAUU